AUGUCUGAUUUACGAGCAACCGUUAGGCGCUUCGAGAACACAUUUCGUCGCCUUCCAACGGCCAUUCCUUAUCCUGCUGUACCUAAUGGCAUGACAUCAGCCUACGGAUAUGGGCGAAAUUACCUUCACCCACUAUCUUUACGAUACUACGAGGCUUUUCGCGAAACGGAAUAUAACCAAGACGUUCGCAAGAAGAGCGCUCUUGUUUAUGGUGUUUGUGACUGUGCUUGCAAUUCUGUGCGGAAGCCAUGGAUGAGCUGA